GACGUCACCGGGCGGGCCGAGGGGCAGUUCUUUUCCUCCUUGCACGCGGUUGAGGUGAGCGGUUGGCCUGCGCAGCGCGUGCUAAGUGAUGCCGGGAAAACUCCGUAGUAACGCCGGUUUGGAACCAGACAUGGCCUUGGAAAAGAAAGGGAACGAGAAGAAAGGCAGAAAAGAGAAGACAAAGUCUAACAAGACUGAGGAGUCACCAGAAAUAAAGGAAGAAACUGUUUCUUCCAAAGCUAAAAGUGUUAAGAAUAAAGCAGGGCCGUCUGAAGUUGACACGAAUCCAUCUAAAUCCAAAAAGACCAAAAAAUCAGAGGAGCCACCUCAAGAUGAAGUUAUUGUUCCUAAAACCAAAAAUACAAAGAAGCAAAAGGAGCCCAUUGAAGAGAAAAUUACCUCUCCUAAAAUUAAAAAAGCAGUGAAAAGUGAGGAGCCUUCUGAAGAAGAUAUAGAUGCUCCUAAGCCCAAAAAGAUGAAGAAAGAAAAAGAAGUGAAUGGAGAAAUUGGAGAAAAAAGUCCCAGACUGAAAAAUGGGCUCUCUCAUCCCAAAGCUAAUUCCAAUGAUGCUGCCAGUGAGGAAAGUAACAGUGAGAUAGAGCAGGAAAUACCUGUGGAACAAAAAGAAGGCGCUUUCUCUAAUUUUCCCAUAUCUGAAGAAACUGUUAAACUUCUCAAAGCUCGUGGGGUGAACUUCUUGUUUCCUAUACAAGCAAAGACCUUUCACCAUGUCUAUAGUGGAAAAGAUUUAAUUGCACAGGCGCGGACAGGCACAGGGAAGACAUUCUCCUUUGCUAUCCCUUUGAUAGAGAAACUUCAGGGACAACUGCAAGACAAGAAGAGAGGUCGUGCCCCCCAGGUACUUGUCCUUGCGCCUACAAGAGAGUUGGCACAUCAAGUAAGCAGAGACUUCAGUGACAUCACAAAGAAGCUGGCAGUGGCUUGUUUUUAUGGUGGAACACCGUAUGGAGGUCAAAUUGAACGAAUGCGGAAUGGGAUUGAUAUCCUGGUUGGGACUCCUGGUCGUAUUAAAGACCACUUGCAGAAUGGCAAGCUGGAUCUCUCCAAACUGAAGCAUGUAGUCCUGGAUGAAGUUGACCAGAUGUUGGAUAUGGGUUUUGCUGAUCAAGUAGAAGAGAUAUUAUGUGUGGCAUACAAGAAAGAUUCUGAAGACAAUCCUCAAACAUUGCUUUUUUCUGCAACUUGCCCAAGUUGGGUAUUUAAUGUUGCCAAGAAGUACAUGAAGUCUACAUAUGAACAGGUGGACCUAAUUGGUAAAAAGACUCAGAAAACAGCAAUAACUGUAGAGCACCUGGCUAUCAAGUGCCACUGGACACAGAGAGCAGCAGUUAUUGGAGAUGUGAUCCGAGUAUAUAGUGGCCAUCAAGGGCGCACUAUUGUCUUCUGUGAAACCAAGAAAGAAGCCCAGGAGCUGUCACAGAAUGCAUCAAUAAAGCAGGAUGCCCAGUCAUUACAUGGAGACAUUCCACAGAAGCAAAGGGAAAUCACCCUGAAAGGUUUCAGAAAUGGUGAUUUUGGAGUUAUGGUGGCAACCAACGUUGCUGCACGUGGAUUAGAUAUCCCUGAGGUUGAUUUGGUUGUGCAAAGCUGUCCGCCAAAGGAUGUAGAGUCCUACAUUCAUCGUUCUGGGCGGACGGGCAGAGCUGGAAGGACAGGGGUUUGCAUCUGUUUUUAUCAGCACAAGGAAGAAUAUCAGUUAGCACAAGUGGAGCAGAGAGCGGGAAUUAAAUUUAAACGAAUAGGAGUCCCUUCUCCAACAGAAAUAAUAAAAGCUUCUAGCAAAGAUGCUAUCAGGCUUUUGGAUUCUGUGCCUCCUACUGCCAUUAGCCACUUCAAACAGUCAGCUGAGAAGCUGAUAGAGGAAAAGGGAGCUGUGGAGGCCCUGGCAGCUGCGCUGGCCCACAUUUCAGGUGCUACAUCAGUAGACCAGCGCUCUUUGAUCAACUCAGAGGCGGGUUUUGUGACCAUGAUCUUGCGGUGCUCAAUUGAAAUGCCAAACAUCAGUUAUGCUUGGAAAGAACUUAAGGAGCAACUGGGUGAGGAUAUUGAUUCCAAAGUGAAGGGAAUGGUCUUCCUCAAAGGGAAGCUGGGCGUUUGUUUUGAUGUCCGUACUGCUGCAGUUACAGAAAUACAGGAGAAAUGGCAUGACUCAAGACGCUGGCAACUUGCUGUAGCCACAGAACAGCCAGAGCUGGAAGGACCACGGGAAGGAUUUCGAGGCCCCAGGGGUCGGGAAGGUGGCCGUGGCUUCCGGGGACAGCGAGACGGAAGCAGAGGCUUCAGGGGACAGCGGGGAGGAAGCAGAAACUCCAGGGGACAGAGAUCAGGAGGUGGCAAUAAAAGUAACAGAUCUCAAAACACAGGCCAGAAGCGGAGUUUUAGGAAAGCAUUUGGUCAGUGAUCAGAAGUAGAGGAAUUACGUGGCAGAAACGAAAGUGUUCAGCAACAUGGAACUGAAUGCUAUUUUUCACACAAUUUCAUUUGAUCACCGUCAUUUGUAACUAUUGCUGUUGCUUUUUAUCAGGUUUUCAUUUGAAAAGGAAAAUGAAUUCAUUACAUCUAAUAUAUUGUCUAGAUUAUAAAAUAAAAUCAAGCACAUAUCUGCCUAUACUGUACUUGUAAGUUAAUCUUUUUUUUUUUAUUUUUUAUAAUGUAGUGCUAGGAAUUGAACCCAGGGCCUCAUACAUGCUAAGCAUGUGCCCUACCACUAAGUUACAUCCCCACCCCGCAGAGUAUUUCCUAAUAGUAGUGUCCUUCCCUAAAGUAAAUGCCUUAGGGAAGCAGCAAUCUCUGGAGGACCACUUUAUCCUUUGAAAGCCAAAGCUUUCAUCUGUAAUUGGCAUUCAUUGACCUCUUGCUAUAAUUACUUGUGUGGUCUUAUUACAGGUCUUCUGAGAACUGAUGCAAGACAGUGUUUUGAAACAAGAUUUUAAACUUACUUAAGCUUUAGUAAUUUUUGCCAGUAUAUGCUCUAGAUUUGGAGGGUGAAGUAUUCUGUAUAGAUUACCCACAUUUGUGCACGUUUUGAUAUGCUUUUAACUCCUCAUGGUAAUUCAUGCUUCGUUGAACGCUUCACAAAUAGUGUAUAUAGAAGUACAUUUUAAUGGAAAGCCAGUGACUAAAAAAAGGAAUUUCAAAUGUAUAAGAUGGCUCCAUUGCUUUCUUUAGGGAAGAGGCCGAAUAAAUCGUGUAAAUGGUUGUGCUCCACUUCUUCCUGUUGGAAGAUGAAUGUUGUUUACCAAGAAGUAAUUAAAGGAAGUGAGGGAGCAGUCUUUUUUUUUUUUUUUUUUUUUUUUUUUUUUUUUUUUUUUUCCUCUCGAGAAAGUUUUUAUGUUUUACACCUUAUGGGACAUACCUAAAAUAUAUAUAAAUUCUAAUACAGAAAAUGUUGUCUUUUCAGAUUAUCUUGAAAUCUCAUAUUUUUGUGACUGAAAUUAGAUCUUGACUUAUUAGCAGAUCAUCUGGGGAAAAGUUCAAAGGCUUCUAAUUCAGCAGUAGCUUCUCUUUUUAUUUAUGCUCUUUUCCAACUCUUGCUGUAUCAAAGAUCUGCAUCACUCUAUCACAAGUUUGUUAUUUGCCCUUUCCAGCCUCUUCUGAACAUUGUUGAGCUCACUAGACAAUGGUUUGUUAGGUUUGCGUUCUUUUGUCUUUUUGAGACAAGGUCUCACUAUGCAGCUCAGGCUGGCCUUGAGCUCACUUUUUAACCCAGGCUAGUCUCGAACUCACAAUGAUCCUCCUGCCUUAGCCUCCUGAGUGCUGGGAUUACAGGCGUGAGCCACCAUGCCCAGCAGUUUUCCAGUUGAAUUUUCAUUUUAUGGAGCUCUGAUUCCAGGUUUUGGAUUCUGUCUUCCAUUUGUCACAGAGGUAUUGUUACUGUCUCUUAACUGCUCUGAAUGUUCUUGACCUGUUACUUGUGUCAGAUUGGUAUGUAACAGGUGUUUCUGAGCACGUUCCAUUUUUCCUGCUUGCUUUUUUAUUUUAACUUUUAAACUCUCCAAUUUAAAUUCUCCAAUUCAAGCCUAUCUAGGUCUUGCAUUUUUUUCACAACAUUGCAAAGCUCUUGUGUGCUGAUUCUGUGCUUCUUUCAACUGAUUGAUUUCUUGCAGUCUUCAAUUCCUUACCAGGUGUUAUAAGAGAAAUUUGAGGCUUUGCUUCAACUUCUUGAAAAUAUUCAAGACUUUUUCUCGUCUAGUUUUCUUGCAGUCUUCAAUUCCUUUCCAGGUGUUAUAAGAGAAAUUUGAGGCUUUGCUUCAACUUCUUGAAAAUAUUCAAGACUUUUUCUCGUCUUGUUUUUUUGAAGCCUUGAAUUCCUUUCCAGGUGUUAUAAGAGAAAUUUGAGGCUUUGCUUCAACUUCUUGAAAAUAUUCAAGACUUUUUCUCGUCUUGUUUUCUUGCAGUCUUCAAUUCCUUACCAGGUGUUAUAAGAGAAAUUUGAGGCUUUGCUUCAACUUCUUGAAAAUAUUCAAGACUUUUUCUCGUCUUGUUUUUUUGAAGCCUUGAAUUCCUUUCCAGGUGUUAUAAGAGAAAUUUGAGGCUUUGCUUCAACUUCUUGAAAAUAUUCAAGACUUUUUCUCGUCUUGUUUUUUUGAAGUCUUGAAUUCCUUUCCAGGUGUUAUAAGAGAAAUUUGAGGCUUUGCUUCAACUUCUUGAAAAUAUUCAAGACUUUUUCUCGUCUUGUUUUCUUGCAGUCUUCAAUUCCUUACCAGGUGUUAUAAGAGAAAUUUGAGGCUUUGCUUCAACUUCUUGAAAAUAUUCAAGACUUUUUCUAAGGCAAGUCUUAAAUUGCCAAGUUCUCUUUCUUGUAGUAUUUCUUCAGGUUCUAACUGCAGAUUUACUUCUUUUGCUUCUCUUAGCUCCUUCUGAGGUUUCCUCAGUUUAUUUUCAGAUUUUUUACUUUUUCCUUUCUGCUCCUCUCCUGGAAUCUUCAGAUACCAAGGUCUUCUCACAUUGAGGAGACGGUGACUCGCUACCCUCUGAAGGUGUUUCAGAUGGCUGAGAUAAGUCAUCAACGUCAUCCACAGCACUUAGCUGCUUUUUGACGUUGCUUAUUCCAUUAGAGGUUUUCUUGGCAGACCAUCCUCCGUCUUGGACAGUGUCUUGUAAUUUGCAAACACGCUUCACUUGUAGAACAGCAAACAGGGUUCAGGCCUUCUUAGACACUGAGGAAGUCACAGAUUCUGUGGAGUGUCACCAUUUAUUUCUAAGCAGUCUUACAUUGCUGAAGAGUAUGUCAGCACCUUAAUGUAUAUCAAGAGGUUAACGUCUAGUGGGUAGCAUGGGGUCCUUUUUUAUAUAAUCAUGGGAAUCUUGGCAAGUUUUAGAGGAAAGAUAAAAGUACAUGGUUUGUCUCAUUUUCAUUUACUUUGAACAACCAAAAUCUAUGCUCUGAUUUCUGCUCUGUAACUCUGACUGCCUGUUAUUUGAGCACCUUACAGAAAGGGCCCUGAUAACCUACCCAGCACCUGAUCCUGAGGCCACACCCUUUUUCUGUGUGAACUUCAGUGUAAGCCUCAAAUACUGACCAGGUGUCUCCUGUCCUCUUGGAAUUCUCUUGGCUUUUAUUCCUUGGUCAACUUGUCAGUUUUAGUGCUUUAUUCCUGUCCCUCAAGCCAUAGGGAAUUAGGAGAAAUUUUGGGUGAUAGCCUAUCCACAUGUGCCUUGUGGGUUACAAUUUAUUAGAUUCUGGUUUUGUCCAAAUGCUGGGCAUGCUUUUUUGGUCUUUUUGAGACAGGGUCUUGCUGUGUAGUUCUGGCUGGCCUUGAGCUCACUUUGUAGCCCAGGCUAGUCUCUGAACUCCCAAUGAUCCUCCUGCCUCAGCCUCCCGAGCGCUGGGAUUACAGGCGUGAGCCACCAUGCCCGGCAUGCUUUAAUAACAACCAAAACAUUGUAAAAUUUCGAUAGGAGUAAGUGGUUUAUAAAGGUAUGAUAACUGGGCAAUCAGGUAUAAAAAGUUAGAGGGAAGGAUUAAUAGCAAUUUCACCUUAUACAAUCUGUUUUUUAAAAAUAUGUGGGUGUUUCAUUAAGUGAAGGUAAUGUUUCUUCUGGAUCCAAGAACCAUAUUUGUAAGUCUGUAGUUCAGCUUCUCUUUGGUUUAAAUGGGCUUAUUGGACUAACCUGAAAACACUGUCAUUUUUACUAUUUUCUACAGAGAAAAUAUUUUCCAAUUUAUGUGUUAAACAGCUAAAUGGACAUGAAUUACAACCAUUUUUUUUAUGUUGGGGCUAUUUGUGCAGUGGUUUCUCUAGUUGUACAUAAGUUUUUACUGUAAAAUUAGUUAAUGUAUAAAAGACUACUUUUGCCAUAAUAAAGAUACUAGUGCUUUGUG